GAGAGAGACAGAACAUUGUGUGUGUGUGAGUGGUGGACGUGUGCUUUAGAUUCUGAUGCCUCAAGGGAACAGAUUGGAGCAUGUGCACUGGGGGGGAUUUAGGGGCAGUAAAUUAAGUUCAUGUUUGCAUGGGUCUGUGUGUGUGUGUAUAAGUUAAAGACGCCAGUGUGUGUGCGUGUGUGUGUGUGCCUGACAGGUGUUUUGUUUUUUGCUCAUCUGGACUUUGUGUUCCAAUUUAGGGUAAGAAGUCUUAUUUAUCUGAAGCCCCUUCACGUGGACGUUUUGGUCCUCCAGCUCCUCGUGACAUCAGGAGACGAGGAGGCCUGGGAACUGUGGUGAAAAAAAGGGAAUAGCAAGACACAACCCAUGGACCCCAUGGUUUCAAACAUAUGCUCUUAUAACCUUCAAAUCCAUAAAACAGAAAUGGAGAACCAAACAACAGAAUCUAGCGAGGCUUUGCCACUAAAGUGCAACAUGACCGGGAGCCAUAGUUUCAUAUUCACCUUUGUACCAGUCGUGUAUGCUAGCAACUUCGUAAUUGGGAUGGUGGGUAACAGCCUGGUGGUGGCUGUGAUCUACCGCUACAUGAAGCUAAAGACUGUGGCUAAUGUUUUUGUGCUCAAUUUGGCCAUAUCGGAUCUCACCUUCCUCGUUACCCUGCCUAUGUGGGCUACGUUUACUGCCUUGGGCUACCACUGGCCGUUCGGAAGUUUCCUGUGUAAGGCCAGUGCAGGGUUGGCUAUCUUCAACCUCUACACCAGUAUAUUCUUUCUUACAGCGCUCAGUGUAGAUCGAUACAUAGCCAUCGUUCACCCUAUGGGUUCACGCCGGCGGCGUACGCUGCUCUACGCCCGAAUUACCUGUGUACUAGUGUGGGUCUUCGCCUUUGUUCUGAGCAUGCCUACUGCUCUCAGCAGGGACAUCUACAGGGUCACUGAUCAUCCCUCGACACUCUGUGGAAUCUUGCAGAGCAACAAGCAAAUGAAUCUUUUGGUGUCCCUUAGCGUCCUUAAGAGCGUAUUAGGCUUCUUUGUGCCCUUUCUGAUCAUCAUCACUUGUGACUGCCUGAUUGGUUGCGCCCUUAUGAAAGCAAAAGGACUGCUGAGAAAGAGUGCACGUUCCCAGGAAGACGAGGUUCUGCGCAUGCUCGUUGCUGCCGUCCUGGCCUUCUUCUUAUGCUGGGCUCCUCAUCAACUCUUUCACUUCAUGGAGCUGCUGGCAAUGCUCGGAGUGGUGAAGGACUGCCAUGUUCUGGAUGUCAUUGACACAGCCAUGCCCUUUAGCAUAUGCCUGGCGUACUUUAACAGUUGUGUCAACCCCAUUCUGUACAGCUUUGUGGGCCACAACUUUCGCAAGAACCUACUGAGGCUGCUACACUGUGAGUCAAGACGUGUUGUGAGAAACUCCAGUAUCAGCACCAAGAUGACUGCUCUGUCCACCAGAGCUUCUCAAGUGCUACGCCUGUCUAACAAGAAAGACUCAGAGUAUAACGCUAACAAAGUGGAAGAGCCAUAGAACAAGACAUAAAACAAUCAGACCACUGAGAAGGUCAUCUUUCUUGUUUCAUCUCACUUGCAUUUGAAGGACUGCUGAGUUCCAAAGACCAUCAAACUGCAGAAUUAAGGCAAAUUUAAUCAUAGAAGCUAAAAAUAGUGUUACUGAUCCAUUUCAGUGUAAGUGUAGGUUGUUCCCAUAUUGCUUCAAUGACACUUAAUCAGACACACGCUUUGGGGAAUGAAUGAAAGUCUUUAUUGAACGUUAAUAGUUUUACACUGAGGGCCAGAUGUACUGCGUUGUUGGUGCUUGAUUUCAUGUGUUUAUGUUUUGCAACAAAACUUUGCUACUUAUAAAUAAAACUAAACUAUCCGUCUAAACACACUAUGAAAGACCAGGCACACAAGCAUCUAUACAGUCCUUUCCCACAUAUGCAUUCAUGCAAAAAGAUCACGAGAAAUGGGAGAGAGUCCAAUGUAGGCCAGUUUUGUGUUUGAUUUUUCUCCUCUAAAUCCAGGACAAUACAUGUUGCUCUAAACUUUGUACCCAGGGUUGCCAGCUGUAUGAUUUCAAAGCAAAUCUCAAUCGGUAUAAAUUAAUAGGACAUUUAGGAAUAUAUAGGACCUUGGUGGAGAAAAUGUAAUAUUGAUUGUCUAUUAGGAUCCAUCUGGCAAUCUUGGUCAUUACACCUAAGUAAUACAGAUCAGUUCAAGAAAACUCCAAAACAUUAUUUAGAGCUAUUGUGAGAUCUUUCUGAAUGUCAUGCACACUGUAGGAAGAAAUAAGGAGUGCAGUAUAACUGCAUACUUAUUCAUUCAUUUAAAUGACUUAAUUUUUUAUUUCCAAUAUGAUGAGAAUUAAUUUUAAGUGUCGCUUUUGCAGAUUUGAGCUCCUGACCAACCCCAAUCCAGUUACAGUCAGUUUAACUCGAUGUCAGCUCAAGGAACAGAUAACAGUGAUAUUGUUAAAAUUGGUCAAAUAUAAAAGCUAAAUUAUCCUCUAAAACAAAAACUGUCCUGCAUUUCAGUUGAUCAUUUUCUAUUUUUAAUGCAAGGUCAUGCACACACACUGCCAGUCUAUCAGUGUUGCCACUAAUCAGCAUUGGCUAACCUGUUGGAAGAAUCAAUGUUUGCAACAUCCAAAGAUUAUUUCACUUUCUAGCUAUUGAACUAAGGAUUCAUCUAAUGCAAAGGUUUACAGCUCACAGGCUUAAAAUGUAAGGACCUCUGUUGAAAAUUAAUUAGGCAUCAUUUUUUAAAAACAAUGAAUCUGAUGAAUUUCCUAGAGUUCCACAAUUUCUUUUAGAUUCUAUGGAGACUUACUCAAACCUAUUUAAAAAUCUAUUUUAGGAUUUUUAAAUAUCACAUAUGUAGCCUAUUUAUAGUCAGUUUGUACUAAAGGAUGUGUUCUUAAAGGUUGUUUAAGCUCUAUGCUCUUUGGAGUCAUUUAUUAACUUGUUGACUCCAGCCAACAGAGUUCAUACAUCCUAUUUUGCUAGCUAGCUAAUUCUCCCUUAUCUCAUUUCCCAUGUUCAUGUAUAAUAAAUUACGCUAUAAUCACAACCUAUUAUAGAGACCUGUGCAUAAUUUUACUGAACAUUUUACAAUGAGUCCGUUUCUCCAUAAUGGCAAAUUAGCAAGUAAAGAAAUUCAAAUAUAUCAAGUAUUUCCUAAUUUUAUCAAAUUUUAUUUGAUUCAUAAUCUCAUACUAAGAAAUCAAUAUUCAGAAGAUUUUACUUAUCUAGAUAUGUACAUCUUGGAAUGGCAGCUCGGUUGUCCUCUUGUCCAUCAAAGUAAUAUCAUGUGGUGAUGCUGCAUGUUAUGUUUUAGUUUUUACGCAGUGAAGAUAAUGACAUCUAUACCUUAUCACUAGGAUGUUAAAACAACCAAAGCGUCUGGCAGUAGUGUUUUUCAUCCCUUAAGUUUAUAACUCACACAGUUUAAUCACUUUUUGAUGCAAAGUGCUAGCUUCAUGGCUAAGACUUCAGACUUCUUUUUAAAAGGGUUUUAAGAGAUCUUGUUGUUCCUUGAGAAAAGCUGUUCAGUUGUAAAAAUUAGAUCAUUAUAUGUCACUCUGUAUAAGGAUGUCAGCCAAAUGCUGCAAAUGUAAUGAAUAUACCUUCCAGCAUAAUGUCAAACUUUUCUCACUUUUAUGUGUGAGAUUCAUUCAGCCACAAGAGUAUUAGUACAGUUAGAAACUAAUGUAGUGUGAGGUCAGAGGCCUGGGGUGCAGUCAGUGUUCCAAUUAAUUCCAAAGAUGUUCAAUAUGGUUGAGGUCUAUAACUGGAAUCUUCCACUACAUCCCAUGUAAAUUUCAUGGAGCUGGUCUUGUGCACAGGGGCAUUGUCAUGCUGGUAAAGGGUGAUGGUCUCCUAGUUCAAUCCUAUAGAGUUAUGGUCCUAUGGUCAAGUGUCUACAAACCUUUUCUAGAUGUACUGCAGUACAAUGUUUUACACAAUUUUAAUAGACAUUAUAACACACUGUAAGCUUUCCAACAGAGGUCGAGGUAGUUCACUAGCUUGCAUGAAUACCUGUGUUAAAGAUGUGACGUUUGAUUUUAACAGCUUUUACUCCACUUAAUUUAGCAAACAUAAAAGAUUAAUUAAUACCUAAUUGAAAAUUAAUCAAACAGAAUUGUACAGUUAUUAUUAUAUAUGUACAGUAUAUAAUCAAUCAAUUAAGGAUUGUGCAACAAUUUUUUAUUUUUCUUACACCAACGAUUUAAAAUACUCCAUCAUUUAUGGUUGUAAAGUAAAAAAAACAUUUAAAACUGUAAACUUCUCUUUGUGCCCCUUCACCCUCCCCCCCCUUUAAAAAGAAAAAGAAAAAAUGCGUUUUUGACAAAUUAUUAAGCAAACGAUAUGCACUGUCCACAAAGUAGAAAAUGAAAUGAAAAAUUAAAAAGAAUUGAUAAUGACAAAAAUAGAAGCCCACUGAAAUGUGUAUAUACAUAUAAAAUAUAUAAUAAUAAAAUUCUAAAAAUAAUAAAAAAUAUUAAUGUACACAGGUCACACAAAAAUAAGAAAUAUAUCUAUAGAGCUCUUAAAAGAGCUCACAAUAAAUAGAUAAAUAAAUAAAUAAAUAAAUAACUUUUCUCUUAUCAUUUAAUGUGCAUGAAACUGUACAGUUCUUCUGUCUCUAAAUGAAAUAUUUUCCAAUCUGAAUUAUUAGCUGCUAAUAAUCAUGGUGUUUGACUUUCAAGACUACACACAUGCACAUACACCUGCACACACACACACACACACACACACACACACACACACACACACACACACACAUACAAAAUCUAAUUUGUAAAAUAUAUCAUAUUACAAAUUCAGAAGGUCAUAUCAGAUUCUGAGAUUUUGACCGAACUUCAAAAUAAACUCAACCUACAUAAAAAACAGAAAAUAUUUAGAAAAAAAAAUGAACAGUUAAUAUAUUCACCUAGACAUUCUCUUUACAACUUCUCGUUGCUCUUUUAUCUUUCUAAUGCUAGUUAAAUUGUGAUGUGGUAUAGAGAUUGUAAAUAAAGUUCUGUGGUACAACUGAUUGUUGAAUUAGAUGUUAAAUAUUUAUCUUACAUGUAAAUAGUCUGAUAUUUCUAUUUGUACUUGUAUCUGAAGUAUGCUGUAUUAGAAAUGUGUAUUUUUUUAUAUCUCUGUUUCAGACAUUUAACUAAUUAAAUUGAUGAUGAAUGUGCUUGAUGUCAUUGGUGACUUUUUGUAAAUAAUAUAUUUGUCACAACCUGGGAAACUAUGUUGAAUAUUCACAUGCUGAAUAUUCUUUUAUUUUUCACAACCAUACACAGUACCAUGUACAGCGAGAUUCUGAGAAUUUGUGACAUUAAAAUGGUGUGAAAAUUCAAUUUACAGAAUAAAAAUGUACAUAAAACGGA